AUGGUGCAAGAAGAGGGUGCUCCCAUGCAGGUCGACAGUGAUGAAGGGAUUGAGCUUUACAAUGCCCUUGUGGUUGAAGUCCUCUCCAGUCAAGAGCUGAUGGUGCCGGGAACCAAGUUGAUGAGAGCCGAGAAGCAGCUUCUCAUUUAUCACUACGCAGCCAAAGUGCAUGAGUUCCGCGAGCAGAUCCUGUCCCUUUGGCGUGGAGAGAGUGAGGUUCCACAGGAGGGCCUGGCGGAGCCUUUCUUGAGCUGCGUGCGGAAGCUGAAGACGUCUUGGCAGGACCAGGGGAAGUGGACGGCCACCGUGAAAGCCAAGAAGGUCUUUGGCCAUUCAGGAAUCAUCAAGUUCUGCCAAACAAUGCCCAGCUUUCCCACCUCCAGCAAUGGCAGUUUCGUCUUUCUCCAACAACGGCCCACAGCCGGAGCACCCUCCGGGCUGUGGAGCUUCACGGAAGGCUGCGGCAGUGACCCCGUCGCAGACCUGGAGACCAAAGGGUUGGCCCUUGUGCUUCGCAUGGACAGCUACCUGAAAGAUGCUGUGGUACUGGUCAGCCCAUGCCUACAGAACGGGGUCAUGGCUCAUUCGGAAGAUCUGUCCAAGAUGAUCAUGAGAGAACCAGAAGUUUGGCGCAGGCUGCUGAAGACAGAACACGAGCUCUUCAGCCCUGCCAGUGCAUCGUUGAUUAAGCAGGUCUUGCGAUCAGGUGCUGCCACGGUCACCCCGAAGAAACCCAGGAGGAAGAACCUCAAGUUGUUGAGAUCCAACGGCGCCCACUUAUCGGCUGACUCCCUCCGCACUGGCCAGUUGCGGGAACGCUUUGCUAUGAUUUUGGGUAUGAAUCCCAAGAGCCUGCGCCAGAGCAUCCACUGGAACCUCUUCAUGUGGCCAAAGAAGCAUCACUGGGCUCUAGUGGUACAACCUGCCGAAGAUUUCCUCGUUCGCAUUGUGGACGACUUUGCAUAUUCACCAUCCCAUUGUUUCAGUUCUGAGGUGCCUUCAGCGAGAUUUUAUCUCAUCUUGGAGCUUCUGCUUGAAGGUAACGUCUUCUUCCCCCUGGUGAGCGUCAAGAGCGACUUCAUCAGCGACAUGCCAAAUGUUCUGCCCUUGGGCCUUGUUGGCCCAAUGAACUUGGUACAGAUGGAGCAGCAUGCGCUCGAGGUCAUUGCUUCUUACAAGAACUAUAGCCUCAUCGGUUGCAACUGCCAACACUUCGCCGCCGACGUGGCCUUGGCCCUGGGCGCACGACAUCGCCCGGCGCCCGAGGACGAACGCCUGGCGAAGAGCGCCGCCAGCGGCGCCAACGCCGUGGGCGCCGCGGGGGUGUCGGUGGCGGCCUGCGCAGCGGCAGGCGCUGCGGGCACCUCAGUGCUGGGUCUCAGCGGCUUACCGCUGGGCAGCGCCAUGGGCUCGGCCUCAGCGGUGCUGGGCACGGUGGCGGCCAGUGCCUCCGUGGUGGGCGUGGUGGGGGGCUUGACCUUGAUGGGGGUGGCGCAAGCCUAUGAGGCCAUGCGGGACGCCUCGCGCGAGAACGGGCCAGAGCUUCAAAACUUGGACGGCAAGGAAUCUGAGGAUGAAUCAACCACGGCCAGUGGCUCCGAUUCAUAGAUAUCCACAUGGAUGGUUUUGGGUUUUCU